AUGCCCAAAAUGUUUAGACAAUGCUACGAGAUUUGGCCUGGUGACGCGCCAGCGGGCGCCGAGGUUCGUGAGGCCGCACAAAUCCUCGUUGAUAUGUCAGCCAGUGCUUGGGAGCGGGACAACGCCGCCGAGUGUCCUCCGCCCCUUACCAAAGGUCCUCGCGCUCCCGAACGACCACAUCCCGAGGUCCUCGAACAAGACGAGGCUCUCGACCCUGAUGCCACGGAUGAAGAAAAUUACGACGACGUUGCUGGCCCUUCCAAUCAUCAACUACAACCGUCGUCAAGCAAGAGGGGUAGGGCUGAACAGCGAGCGCAGCGGCUACAGAGAGAUGGCGUGCUCCAGACCGGCGAUGCUCGUUGCGAGACGUGCAAAGCGUACGAGAGUAGCUCCAAACCAAGCCCAAAAAGUCGUAAAAGCGGCUUUCAAUGCCGUAUACUGGAGGGAGAAUCCCGCGCUUGUGCUCGCUGCGUUGCUGGGCGGGAAAGAUGCAGUUUGGUCGGACGUAAAUGA